UGCUGGCUUCUCUGAAAGAUCUAAUCCUCUACAGUCUAUUAAACUGGAGUUAUAGCUGGCAGCCGGAACCAAAGUAAUAGCUUUUACUUUGAACAUUUUCCCCAUUCAAAUGGCAGAACACUGAUGCAUAUUUUUUGUUAGGCAACAAAAUAAACAACACUGAAACAUGGGCAGUUUUACAAAUCAGUGGGUCUUCAACCUAAAUUACCACUGACAUGUGAAAGGGCUGAUUUACCAUCCCCGUUGGAGGGCUUGCAAAUAGCGCCAUAAACACGUCGACUUCAUGGCAAAUUUCUGGUGAUGGCUUCAAAGUACAGAGAAAACAGACUUGUCGAACCGAUUGCAGGAGACUUCUUUAAACUAUGUUCUCAUGGGAAGUCAGAGACAUUUUGAUAUCCUUUGAAAGAAGUUUCCUUUUUUGAGCAAAUUCAACUCACAAAACCUCCUCAAAUGUGGGCAGCAUGGAUUAAAAUAGAACUACAAUACAUACAGGACUUCAAGAACACAUUUCCUGAGAGACACACUUUUGAGUAAGCAGCUAGGACAAUUUGAUGGAAGUAACCAGCACCCAAGCCAUCAAGAUCGAAACAGCCACAUCAAGAUGUGGGUGGAGAUGAGGACAUCUAGAUUAUACUAGUAAGACUUUUUUUCUGAGGUGACAGGUCCAUUGAGGUUGAGUGUCCUUGGAUACCUGUGGUUCAGAUGUCCUGCUGACAGCAAGCAGGGACUCAACAAGAUCAACACGCAAGAAACCAAUAAGUCAAGUUGGUGCAGCUUACUACCUGUAUAUUUUACUUUGCUGUGUCUGCCAAAGGCUGGUGGGUUAUCAUUGUUUCAUCAAUUUAAAAGCUGAAGGUUCAUUUAUAUGACCACGCAUUGAAAUAUGGAGAACAAAGUGCUCUCGUUUUUCAAUGACUUGUGGAACAUCGCCAGCACCAAGCACAAAGAAGGACUUUACAACACAGUCUGCCUGGUGGUGUUGCUGGCCCUGCCGUUAGUGGUGCUCGUGACCUCCCUGGUGGUGUGCUUUCACUGCUGCUGCUGCCGACGGCAGCCCUGCUGUUCCUGCUGUGGCAGCCAUGAUGGACCACCGCACACAAAGAUGGAGAAGAAAAAGAAAAAGAACAAAAAUCGGAAAUCAGAUGACCUUUGGAUUUCCGUCAAACCAGGGCCGAUGACACCAGAUAGGAUGGCAUUGACUAGCAUGGUCUAGCAAUUGAAAACCUUGUAUGGACCAAUGUGGACCUAAGAUUUCUUUUUUUUAUUUAAAAAAAGCUUUUAAUGGACUACUACGUUCACACUUUAGCCACCUCACUUAUUGCACUCUAAGUGGAGACUUGCGCUUUGUUUCAAUGGGAAUAUCCUAGCUAGCUCUUGCCCUGUUGAAAUUUACGUAUUCCUUAAAUUCAGUGUCACAUUCAAGAGAUUAUGACACUGUGGUGGAAUUUUCUUUAAUGCAGGCCACUACAAAGAGCAGCACUCUGGAAUCCCCUAAGGCACUCCUCAAGGUGUUCUAGGACAAAAGGUACAAACAAUGUGUGCUUUUGUGUGUGUGUGUGUGUCUAUAUGGGGGGUCCCCAAUGAUGAUUGGUCCUCAUUUAAAAUAAAAAAGUUGAAUUUAAAGUUUUAUUUUACUUCUAGGCCAACAGUAUUAAUUGUUUGAGCCAAACCCUAUAAAAAGCUUUCUGUGGCAGCGCUAGUGGAUUUAAAGAAAUGCUGUUCACUGUUGAGCCUCAAUGUCCUACGAAUAAUGUGAGUUUUAUCAUUGGGUGUAGGGUCUUAGCAUUGACAUAUAUACAUAUAAAUUAUCCGUCACAAGGGUUCAUGCCAUUGUUUCAGCUGAAAUAAAUAGUCAAUUAAAUCUUUAUUAUGUCUGUGACUUUGUGCCCUUUAGAGGCUGAGCAUAUUGCUCAAUGAGCAUUUGGUCUAGAUUUCAAUUUUGAGUUUGUAAAAGAAAAGGCAGAUUAACCGACACAAUUUCUACCUACCUUUUUGGGGAAAUGUUUAUGGAACUAAAUGAAUAUGGAACAAUACUUAUUGGCCCAGUGAAAAUCCAACAUGACUGUGGGACAGUUUUAAAAGGGUUUAUUUUUUUCAUCCAAGUAUGGGACAGUAUCUCUACAGAUCCUAAGUGAAAUUGUUCUCAUUGUGAAACUGUUCUGUCUAGUGCUUUUUAGUAUUUUACUUUUUCAACCCUGCAAACAGAAUAAGAUCUCUUUAAAUACAGAUGUCCUUGUUUAUAAAUGUUAUUUAUAAUAAUAUAAAUAUUAAGUACUGUUUACAGACUGUAUCUCCUACUGCAUGAGCAAUAGAUUUCUAUUCUGAUAGACAAUAUUUUAGUUGUUCUAAUUACUGUAAUUCUUAUGUGGCACAUUGAGAGUUUAAAGCCAUAUAAUGUAUUUUUCUACAUCUGUAUUGAAUUUUGUUUUGUUUGAAAGUAAACUAUCGCAAUAUUUUAA